GUACCUACACUGUAUUCGGGUUCCGCAGGUCCAUCGGUUAUAUCUAUAGUUGCCGUUCAAUGUAAUAUCUAAUUAAAUCCGUUAUAAUUACCUUACUUAUUUAUUUGUUUUGAUAUAAGAUUAUCAUUAUAACUUUUAUUAAAGACUUCAAUUCAUUUUUGGUUUUUAUGCAUUUCAAUAAUUAAAUAAACGAAUAUCAUGACGUAUGACAACAUGUACCGCGCUGUUGAACAGUCAGAGGUGGCUGUACAGAUGGAACCGUUUUCGGACGACAAGAAAAGAUACAGUCGAGGCACACACGAUAACGAUGAACAUGGCGAAAAUGAAAAGUUAAUUACAUGCCGAAUUUGCUAUGAUGAAGAAAAAAACGAAAGCACGAUAUCACCGUGCAACUGUGUCGGAUCUCAUGCACAUGUCCACGUAACGUGCCUCGAACAGUGGCUAUCUGUAUCAAAGUCAAAUAGAUGUGACAUUUGCAGUUACUCGUUCAGAACGGUCAAUCGUUCUUUGACUAUAUUCGAGUGGUUGCAGGAGAAAAAAAACUGCCAAGGUUUCUUUGGUCAGUUUAUGGUGAUGCUCUUUUUCGUAACAAUAUGGUGUUUUGUGCUCAUAGCAUGUGGCAUGAAAACCGUUGAAUAUUUCUUAAACUCAAGAGAUAGAAAUUCAUUUUACAAUGGGCUUCUAAUGUGUAUCAUCACGUUUGCAAUGGCUGCCAUGUUGUGGUUUUGGUUGAUAAUUUUUUCAUCAAUAUGGAAGCGUAGAAACAUGGUGAUACGUUUGGACAAAAACUAUUUGAAUGGAGCCAAUGGUACUAACAAUACAUUUUCUGUCUAAUAAGACUAACUAAAUUAUA